AUGCCUCGGAACAAUCUUAGCAAACAUCUCAAGUGGUUGAUCGCCGAGAAGCCUUUCAUUCCGCCCGCGAUUUCGCCUGUUGUAUACGAUCCCGACGCAGUUCCGACGAGUUCAGCGACAACUCCACAUCAGAACUCUUCAUUUUUGGACGAAGACAUAGAAUACAAUGAGCCUGAACCUGCCUCCGCGCCACCGCCCCCACCAGCACUGCCAGUCGCACGACCCGCUCCACCCCACGCUCUCGCUCGAACAAGAACCAUCGACAUACACAAUCCGCCAGAGGCGGAAGACGUGGCCUCAGAUAUGGCAAGACUGAGAAACACACCAGCCAGUGGAAAGCCUAGACUGAUUAUAGCGGGGCUGCCUGAAUAUGCUUCCUCUUCGAACCCAACCAGCAGAGAGCGGAGGGAGCCUAGCGAUGCAGGAGGUUCCAGGAGUAAUCUGCAGGACUCCUCGGCGAGUGUGAGGAAGCUUACUGGCUCCACCGUGGAAAACACUCCCGCUUCUCAACACGUCGCUGCGAGGACGAAGUACCGCGAGCCAAUUGAUGUCGAUUCAAUCGACCUCACCGGAGACGAUGCGGGCUGCUCUUCGCCGAUUCCAAUGCGCACGCAAAAGAGCAGAAAGCGGAAGAGCGACGAGUAUGAAGCGGACCUCCGUCACACCAAGUCCCCCAGGCCUGUUCGGAAGGCGCCCGCGCUCAGUCCAGAGCCUGACGACGACGACGACGACGACGAUGACUUCCCGGACAUCGAUGAUAUGGUCAUGGCUCCGGAUAGCCCUCCCCCACCUUACUCGGCCAUUGUAGAUGGUGCAGGUAGACAAUCAAAGCAUAUUGCAACAGCUGAAGAUGACGAUAUGGAGGCCAUGUUACAACUGGAAGAAGAGGAGCGACAGAUGGCAGCUGCAGAAAAUGCGACAUCCUCACAGGCCCGUAAGCGCAAGUCACUGAGCCGCGUCCCCUCUGAGAUUGCACCCGCUCGAAAGAUAGGGAGGCAAACACGUAGCCCUUCGCCCCGAAAGAACAAUCCUGUCACGAUCGAGAGCACAACUGGAAAGAAUGGAGUUUCGCACACAUCUGGCACUAAGAGAGUUGGGCAUGCAGUUCUGGACUCCGAGGACGAUGAAUUCGGCGCACUGGACGAGAUGGAUUUCGACACACAGUCUCGGACCAAAUCACCUAUCCCAACGAUGAAGAGAGUGCGUGAAAAGACACCAAUGGCUGGCCCUGGCAGAGUUGCGAGUCAGACCCAGCUUCCUAUACGGUCGCCUUCGAAGACCAUACGAAGCCCAAGCCCAUAUCAGCCGGAAGAGAUUUCCAUACCUACCCCAGCAAAGUCUCAGUCCCCCAAAAAGAUUGCUGAGUCUGCUCUUGUACCCGACAAACGCAUACCGAGCUCUUCUGAACUGUCCAAAGAAAAGAGAGAUGCUAUCAAAGAAUCGAUUGAAACCUUUCUGAGUACUGAAGGUCAAAGAUUGCAAAAGCACCUCAAGGCUGCAAGCUCAGCAUGGGACAGCGCACGGGCUGCAUUCGUUGCACAUCUGUCCGAAUUUGGCAAGCCUGAUCCUAGCGAACAGGAAAGGAUGGAACGCGCUCGCUCGCGAAAGGACGCAGUAGAGCAAUUGAUCUCGUUGAAAACCAAACAGGAUGAACUUACGAGACAACGUCAGAGGGUUAAGCAGAAGCUAGAGGAUGACUUGAACAUCGGUCAAUUUGACGCAGCGGAUGGUGAAACCCUCAGCAGACUGUUCAAGAUAAACGAGGACAUACAGAUCCAGAUGUUCUACUUGUUGGAUUUAGCGGCCAUCAAGCAGCAGUCAACGCCUCUUGUCAAAACAGAGUCGAAAAACAACCGCAACGUGGUCAUACAAUCAACUCAAGCAAGUCCGGCCCGACCGCCUCCUAAGGCUUCCAGGGAUAUAGGGUCGAAUCGGAUUCCACAGACACAGUAUACUAAGCCAAGUGAGAUUGGCGCUCAGGAAGUGUGGACGCCUCCCCGGCGUAUUCGUUUCGCUGAAGAGCAAGUAGCCGCGUCUCCGCUACCGCCACUGAAUCUAGGGUCUCGUGCCUAUGCAGACGACAGUGCAUCAGGAAAGCAAAAAGGCAAGUCAAGAGAGCGAUCUCAUCGGGUACCCGAGACACCAGAGCGCAGACGAUCCCCAAAGAAACCAAGACCGGCGGCUCCGCAGCGUACACCGGAUGAGUUUGGUGAGCUUGAUUUUGAAGAAGACGGAAGCUUGUUCGGCAAUAACAUGGGCGAGCCCCACCAGCCUAUUGAGAUAAACGACGAUGAUGAUUUUGGCGAAGAUUUUGGACCCGACGACGAUGACGACUUCCUUCAUGAGAUUACCAAUAUCGAGAACCAGGCGCCAAGUGGGUUUGAUUGGAAAGGCGAGCGUGCAGAAAGUCGCGUAUCAACAAAAUCUCGCCAGGUGUUCCGCGAAACUUCUACCAACCAAGUCCAAUCUAAACCAAAUCAGCAGGCUUCACCGAAGAAGCAGCAGCUAAACAUGCCUGCCAAAAACCACCCUGGAAUGAACUUCCCCUGGUCGCAAGAUCUCAGGACUGCCCUUAUUCGUCGUUUCGGCCUGCGAGGAUUUCGCCCAGGACAGCUGGAAGCUAUCAACACUACACUCUCGGGCGAACACUGCUUCGUGCUCAUGCCUACGGGAGGUGGCAAAUCGCUCUGCUACCAACUUCCAUCAGUGAUCGCUUCAGGCAAGACACGGGGAGUUACUAUCGUAGUAUCUCCACUCUUGAGUUUGAUGGAGGAUCAGGUGACGGCUUGCAAACAACGCUUCGGGAUGCAAGCGUUUCUGAUCAACGGAGAGUCUACCGCAGCACAAAAGAGCAUGAUUAUGGAUGGGUUACGCCAGCGGGAUCCCCAACAGUUCAUACAAAUCCUCUAUCUAACUCCUGAAAUGCUUAGCAAGAACCAGAGAAUGAUCAGUGCCUUCCAGCAACUGCAUUCUGGAGGGAACCUUGCCCGUAUCGUCAUCGAUGAAGCACAUUGUGUUAGUCAAUGGGGCCAUGAUUUCCGACCAGAUUACAAGGCACUUGGAGACGUUGUCCGCCAAUUUCCCGGAGUACCUGUCAUUGCCCUGACUGCAACUGCGACCCAACUCGUUCGUACUGAUGUAGUGGCCAACCUCGGCAUUCAGGGCUGCCGUCAAUUUUCUCAGAGUUUUAACCGCCCUAAUUUGUCCUACGAAGUUGUGCCGAAAGUCAAGGGUGUCAUCAACAGUAUUGCGGAUCUGAUUAAAGAGAGGUACAUUGGCAAAUCUGGAAUCAUCUAUUGUCUGUCGCGGAAGAGUUGUGAGCAAGUGGCCCAAAAGUUGUCCGAGGCAGGCAUCCGUGCCUAUCAUUACCACGCGGGAAUGGAUUCCGCUGACCGCUCCGAGGUUCAACGCAAAUGGCAAAAGAACGAGUACCACGUCAUUGUGGCUACCAUCGCCUUCGGCAUGGGCAUCGAUAAAGCUGACGUACGAUACGUUAUUCACCACUCGCUCCCUAAAAGUUUAGAGGGCUACUACCAAGAAACUGGACGAGCUGGGCGUGACGGCAAACGUUCAGAGUGCUACUUGUAUUAUCAGUAUGCCGACUCAAGGAUAUUACACAAAAUGAUUCAAGAAGGUGAAGGAAGUUGGGAGCAGAAGCAGCGACUGACUGAUAUGCUACGGACCGUCAUCCAGUACUGCGAGAACAAAGCCGACUGUCGACGCGCUCAAGUACUCGGAUACUUUAGUGAAGCAUUCGAUGCCUCGAAGUGCAAUUCAACAUGCGACAAUUGUCGUUCGGAUGCCACAUUCGUCACAAAAGAUCUUACAGAGUAUGCUGCCAUGGCCAUCAAGCUCGUAAGUCAAGUGCACGAGGACAACGUAACGAUGCAUCAGUGCGUAGAUGCUUUCCGUGGCGCUGGCAGUGCUAAAAUUAAGCGCUCGGGAUUGGAAGAAUACGGCUGGGGCUACGGCAAGGAUCUGGAACGAGGUGAUAACGAACGCAUCUUUCAGCAUUUGCUUGACGCGGGGGCUUUCAAGGAAAGAAGCAAGGUGAACAAAGUUGGCUUUGCCACCAACUACCUACACCCUGCUUCGACACGCAAUGACUAUGAAAGCAAACGAAAGCAAUUGAAGUUACAAGUACGUUCUACACCACAAAAGGCACGCGCAAAAGCACCCGCAGCCAAGAAAACGAAGAAGCAGCAGACCCAGUUUCCGUCGACCAACGUCGACUCUCCUGUACGCGCGCCCAAGCAAAAGAUUCGAUCGUUUGCUUAUAACGAGGAGGAAGAUGAUGACGAUGACGACUUUGAUAUUCCUCGGCAUCCUACGCGCAACAAGACUACGCGUGGUUACCAGACUGAUGAUUUUGUUGUCGACGACGACGACUACUUUGCGCCAAUACGUGUUGCCAAGCCAUCGAAGGCCACGAAGGGAAAGGGGGUUGGAGCUCCGAUUACUGCAGAUCAACGAACUGCAGAACUUACAGACCUACAAAGAGAAGUCUUGGACGAUUUCAUGAAUGGAGCCAGGAAGAUGAGAACGACCUUGCAAGAGAGGAAAGGCCACCGCGAAGCCAUCUUCACAGACACUGUACUUCGUGAGAUGGGUCUUGACUUGCCCAUGAGUCUGGAUGAGAUGAAGACCAUCCCUGGUAUUAGGCCCGAAAUGGUGGAUCUCUAUGGCAAGCAAUUCUUGACCCUGAUCAACAACAGUAGGGAAUUCUAUGGAGAUGACACACCAGUGCCUAGGAACCCGCAACUUCGCAACCGUCGACCUCAACAAUCACGGAUCAUCCACGAGAUUGACGAUGAUGACGAGGAAGUUGACGACCAGAAUCAUCGGCUUGUUGUGGAUCUGUGUAGCGAAGACGAAGGCCCGAUGCCUGUUGCACACGAGUCUGAGGAGGAGUCCUUCUACGGCGAUUUUGGUGAGGAGGAUGAUGAUGAUGACGACGAUGACGGCGCGGUCCACACAAGUCAUCACUUUAGCCAGUUUCAGAACCAAGACGUUGCAGACUUUAACAACCGAUAUACACAACUCGGUGGCGGCCCGGCUCCCUCUACUAAAGCGGCCAAGGCACCAGCAGCAAGAGGUGGAUCUAAAGCUUAUGGAUCUGGGUACAAGAAGAAGGGUUCGUCACGCAAGAGGGCUUCUGGUAGCUUUAACAAGAGUUUCGGUGGCGUGAAGAAGCGAGCCUCGAAGAGUGGCGGUAGCAGAGCUUCAGGAGGCGCAACAACGACCAGCAGGCCUUCUGGUCGUGGUGGCAGAAGUGGAGGGUCAGGGGCUGGAACUGGAUGGUCGGGUGUCAUGGCAAUGCCCACUUAG